UUUUUUUCUUUUAGGCGCGCACUGCAGUGACACAGAAAAACACAGAAAAAACACAGGGACGGAGCGUAGGUGAAAGACUGAUGGAUCUGAUCUCAUGCUGUUUCGAAUCUAACGUAAUGAAGAUGUAAAACGCACCCUUGACGUAUCCAAGACCAGUUGAUGCAUAGAAACGCGCAGAUAUGACAUUUGAUCCGCACGGAUUUGUGCUGAACACAAAUCUAUAGACAUCCCACCAAAACCGAGAAGGAAACCUUUCUACAUACUGGACUAAGAGAGGAGAGGAGAGGACAGGAGAGGACAGGAGAGGAGAGAAGAGAAGAGAAGAGAAGAGAAGAGAAGAGAAGAGAAGAGAAGAGAAGAGAAGAGAAGAGAAGAGAAGAGGAGAGGAGAGGAGAGGAGAGGAGAGGAGAGGAGAGGAGAGGAGAGCUCAUCAGAGACUACACACAGGGUGUGAGGAGAGGAAGAGGAGAGCGCUUUGUCAGACUGGAGCUGUCCGUUCAGAACCAAGACAUAUACAGCGUUGCCUUUGCUAAAUGCCGCCAGUACCACUGUUCUGUGGCUCCACACCUGUAUAAGAUCUUUCAGUGAAGUGCAUUAUAAUGUCGGAGUGCAUGCUUUUUGGAAAAUUGGUUCACGUGUUCGUGGGAGUAUCUUCUUCUGCGUCGCAUUUUUUAUUUUCCUAAUCGCUAUCAUACCAUUUUUCGACAAAGCGAUUUACAUAAGCUAUGCGUAAUUGGACAGACGUUUUAGAAUUGCACGACCACCACUGACAGCGUGCUUAAUCUUUUCGGUUCAGUGCAACCUCUCAUUAACCGGUUUACCCAUUGCGCGCAUGUUUCCUCCGGGUCGGUGCGCGUUGCCUCGCCCGAGCUUUAGGAUGUAACACCCGGCCCUCGCUCGCGACAUGCCCGAGCGACGCGAUGGUCCAAGGCGACGAGAAAGACCGAGUUGUGAUUAACGUCGGGGGGAUCCGGCACCAGACCUAUCGCAGCACCUUGCGCACUUUGCCGGGGACGCGCUUGGCCUGGCUCGCCGAGCCCGACGCCCACAGUCACUUCGACUACGACGCUCAUGGCGACGAGUUUUUCUUCGACCGACACCCGGGCGUCUUCGCGCACAUCCUCAACUACUACCGCACCGGAAAGCUGCACUGCCCGGCGGACGUGUGCGGCCCGCUGUAUGAGGAGGAGCUCGCCUUCUGGGGCAUCGACGAGACGGACGUGGAGCCGUGCUGCUGGAUGACCUACCGACAACACCGCGAAGCCGAGGAAGCCCUAGACAGUUUCGGCGGCGGGCCCGCCGACUUGGGCAGCGACGAAGUGGAUGGAGACGGUCUGGGCGAAUCUGGGGACGGCGACGACGAGUUGGAAAUGACCAAGAGGCUCGCGCUCGGGGACACGACCGAUGCCAAAACGGCUGGACUGUGGCAACGAUGGCAACGGCGCGUCUGGGCGCUCUUCGAGGACCCCUACUCCUCUAAAUAUGCAAGGUGGGUGGCGUUCGCCUCUCUGUUCUUCAUCCUGGUUUCUAUAACCACGUUCUGCCUGGAGACACACGAGGCCUUCAACCCCAUCAUCAACCGCACGGACAUUGAUCCACAGGAUAACAACAUCACACGUGUCUACCAGGAGACUGAGACCGAAGUCUAUCUCACUUACAUCGAGGGCGUGUGCGUGGUAUGGUUUACCUUCGAAUUCCUCAUGCGCAUCACCUUCUGUCCCGACAAAAAAAAGUUCAUCAAGAACGCCCUCAACAUUAUCGAUUUUGUGGCCAUCCUGCCUUUCUACUUAGAGGUGGGUCUGAGCGGCCUGUCCUCCAAAGAGGCUAAAGAUGUGCUCGGGUUUUUGCGUGUGGUCCGAUUUGUGCGCAUCCUACGAAUCUUUAAACUGACACGCCACUUUGUUGGCCUACGUGUGCUUGGGCAUACACUCCGGGCCAGCACAAAUGAGUUCCUCCUUCUCAUCAUCUUCCUUGCCCUUGGAGUGCUCAUCUUUGCCACUAUGAUAUACUACGCUGAGCGCAUUGGGGCCCAGCCUAAUGACCCCCGUGCCAGCGAGCAUACACACUUCAAGAACAUCCCCAUCGGGUUUUGGUGGGCCGUGGUCACUAUGACUACUCUGGGUUACGGAGACAUGUACCCACAGACGUGGUCGGGCAUGCUGGUGGGUGCGUUGUGUGCCCUGGCUGGCGUGCUCACCAUUGCCAUGCCCGUCCCGGUCAUCGUCAAUAACUUUGGGAUGUACUACUCGCUGGCUAUGGCGAAGCAAAAACUACCAAAGAAAAAGAACAAGCACAUCCCACGUGCCCCACAGCUGGGCUCUCCAAAUUUCUGUAAGUCAGGCACGAACUCGCCCCACCACAGCACACAGAGUGACACAUGCCCGCUGGCUGCCCAGGACGAGGUUUUAGAAAUGAACCGAGCAGAUCCCAAACUGAACGGUGAGGCGGCUAAGGCAGCGCUGGCCAAUGAAGACUGUCCACACAUAGACCAGGCCAUUUCUCCUGAGGACGGGCAGAUUUUUAGCCCCUGCGAACCACGCGGGGAAACUCCGUGUUUCCUUCUAAACAUGACCGGCCGAGCCACGCACCCUGGUGCCAGAGUGAGAAAAGCUGGAACAUUCUCAGGGAGGGCAGGGGGUGAUCCGGCCGGUCCCACGCUAGGCUAUCCACUGUUGCAGCUAGGGUGGACACACAGCCAGGAGGAUGGCCAUGCCAGAGUCACCACCUGACUGCCAGCCCCACUUUAAUCACUAAUAGCAGAAUGCAGAUGCCUUUUAGGACAGCAUUAGCAACUAAGAGUCCCUCCAUCCCCUGCAGCUUGUGAGAUCCCUGUCACAUCUACACACUAUUUAAAUCAGUAUAGGGAAACACUGCUUGUACACACUCACCCACCUGCAGCCAUCGUAAUUACAACCAAGACUGUUUAGAUGGAAAUUCAAGCAAGGAGUAGGUCAUAGAUAACCAUUAUGGACGAGAAAGCUUUCAGCAAGAUCUUUUCAUCUGUUGUAGCCAGACUGGAGAUGGUCAUAUAUCUAUGUAUAAUAUUCUAAACAGAGGCUACGUAAGACCAAUAAAAGUUGAACCAGUGUCAUCACUAGCCAAGCAAUAGCACUGUCUCUCUGUGUCUUGUGUCCAGCUCUGUGUGAGCAUGCUCUGUUCAAUUCCACGUUUCUACUUUUAGAAGCACCAUAAGAACAAUCAACAGCUACAUACCACACGCACUUCUCCUACACACACAUAUUUCUGUCUCAGUUUGCUGUUUAAAAUGUGUUGAAUGUGUUUGUAAGAGCUUUUGUCAGUGUGAAAGUAUUUUUAUGUACAUAUGUAGGCUAUGUCAGCAAGUGAGAGAGAGAGAGAGAGCGAGAGUGUGAGAAUGAGAGUGUGUGUCCAAGUGUGUUUGGUUGUAUGAGUGUUUGCUGUGUUAAUAUUGCUGUUUUGAGGCAAAUUCUGUAAUUUGGUGUGCUGCUGUGUGCUGCAUGUUUUGGGCCAGUUUAUGAGCCUUCCUGCAUGCUUUGUCCUGCUGCAAAGGGCUGGUAUUGGUUGGAAGAAAUGGAUCCUGUAGUGAUUACAUAACCAGGAACGUGUAGUAAUGAAUAGGUAAAUGAACUUAGUGUUGAUCUUGAUAACAGCCAUAACAGUUACUGCUUGUAAUCUUUCAGGCAAAAGCAGAGCCUUUCUGGGCAGCUGUAAGAUGAUUUCAAUAUCACUUUUACUGAGGGAUUUUUGGGCCCUAUCUACUAACGCUAUGCAUCUACCUGAUACUGCAGACAAGGAAGCCAUGCAAAACUGUGGAUCUACUGAACCAGCAAUAUGUUAAUUAAAAUACUACAUCCUCAAUAGAUCACUUUCAAAACUGAUCAUAACCACCAUCAUAAAUAUGGGGUUAAAACAGCUGUAAUUAGUACUUCUUAGGCCUAAUCCACACUAACACUAAUAAUGAAAUGAAAUGGCCAUACUAUCAUUCCAUAAGCUUUCUAUCAACAAAUAAGCCCAAAGAUAAUUGAAAAAAAGGCAUGACAGGUGUCUGGCAUAAAGAAAUAUUUGCACUGGGUAUAUAACCCAUGAUUUCGAGCCAGAUUAUUGCUUGUAUACGUGUAUACAAAGCUGUCAAACUGAAAAUGAACAAAACAGAUAAGAAGAGAUAUGCUUUCAUUAGUAGCAUGGAUUCUAGUGUGUAAUGAGGUAUGAGGUAAAAGGCAGGACACUCUGUAUGAGCUGUAUUGAGACAAAUCCAUAGCAGGGGUCAAAAUAUAGGCAGGCAGUGUUAUAUGGGGAUAAUCUAUAAUACAUGUCAAAACCAGGAAGUAUACUGAAACAAGGCUUGGACUUAAUGUUAUAUAUAUAUAAAAAAAAUACAAUUAAACUUUACAAAGCUACAUUGAACUUUGCAAAGCUAUAUUCAGGUUAUACAUAAACAGCCUAAUCAGGGACUGACACAGAACAGGUGAACACACUCAGUUAACAAACCAAUGAUAUGACAGAUCAGAGAUAGGUCUAGAAUAGAAAACCAAAUCACAUAAUGCAAAGGAGGAAACUGAGAGUCUUAGUGAAAAUGUCCACAGUAGGCCUUAGUAAAUAUGGCCCCCUUGAAGUACAAAUACAUUUUCCAAAUACCUCAAACAUAUUUGUAGCAGUUCUCCUAAACCUUGUUCUCUAUCUAUCAUCCUCUAUCUUACCUGAUAUCAGCCCAAACAUUUCCUAUGUGCAUGUGUGCUCUGUUUUUUAACUGCAUGAAACCUGACAGCUGGUAAAAUGACCCAGAGCAGCUGACAACUAAAUCCAGCUAUAACUCCAUCCAGAAAAGUGAAAACAGAGCUCAAAGUCUCUGUAUAUGACAGUCAUUUGCAUAUUCUUCUUCAUCGAACCAAGGUCAGAAAAAGUACUGGCACAUGGGCAAAAUAGUCAACAGAGCUGGCCAAGUGGGUAUUGUUAUCCGCUAAGUCCUGUGCUCAGCUUGUUCUUGUGCAGAGCUCCCAUUCUCCCUUUAUCCUGUGGGGAAUGAAUGGUGAAGUAGGGAGCAAUGUCCUAAUCUGUCUGCUAGAACUUCGGUUCUCCCUCCUUCUCUUCUAACCCCAUAGCCUCUUGUUGUGUUGGUGUGCUCUGUCCUUUUUUUGUCCUUGUCGAAAUUGGAGCUGUGCUUCUUUCUCUGGCUUUCUUCUCUCCUCUUUCCCUGUCUCAGUGGCUUUCUGUCACUACUGUUUGUCGCUUUUCAGCUGUUAGAAAGAGAAAAAAAAAAACAACAAAUCUGUCAAAUGUCAAAAGAAGUUCUCAGGGAAAGUGUAUACACCAGGCUCCAACUGCAUAUCCUACAUAUCUAAUUGCAAACAUACUUGAGGUUUCAUUUAAUCCUCCCUUUUGAUUUUUUUUUGCACUGUAGCCCUGUUUAAUUCACCAGCAGACACAUGUACAUCAAAUCAGAACAAUAAAUCUUUAAAUGCAGUCUGUGAGUGGCGACGUGUAGCUGAAACGAGAGCCCAAGACCUUGAGCGGUUUCCUACCCAUGCUGCACCUUUUCUUUGUCUUUGCCUUGUCUGUUUCUUAAUCCACAAAAAUCUGCUCAGCUUCAAGUCCCCUUCCUUUUUACUCCAGUUCACCUGCAAAACAGGUUUCCACCUCUGUCCAGUCUGACAGCAAAGCCCCCUGCCCUAACCCCCCUAAAAAACAUCUCCCGCAUGCCACACUCUCUUUCUGCCGUCCUGAACAGCUGUCUCUCUCUACUGUUUCCUCUUUCUCUAUGUCUCUGUCCAUCUCUACUCUUUUUUUGGCAAAUCUGGAUUGUCCAAGAAUCCAAUGCUGUUUUUUUUUCCUCCGUGAGAAGUCUCCUCACCUUAUUUUUCCCUCCCAAACGUCCUCAUUGUGUAAGCUGAGUUGAAUGGCCGAGGCGCAGUGGCAGGAUGACCCUGAGCAACCCCACCCUCCCCUGUAUUCUCUACUACAGAUUCCUGUAAAGACGAGACUGUCCUAGUUAAGUAUAUGCAGGCAGAAGCGCUCCGUGUGACCUGACCACAGGACCACAGCGACUCAGAGAGGAGAACUUUCUCUCCAACGUUUCUUGGCUCCACAGUGGCUUGAGGUCACUUUCCAAUGGAGAGAGGCAUGUAGAGAAAAGGAAAGAGACAAGUCAGUAGGAUACUGGUACUACGUUGGAAUUUCCUUCACAUACCAUGAAUGCGAAAGCUUUGUUUUUUUUUUUCUGUCUGAUGACCCUCUCCAAGCAGCAAGGGGUCUUUAUUUUUUUUUUUUUUUUGGACAAGGACAAUUUUUUUUUUUAAAAAAAGGACUGAAAGUGUGGACAAAAAUCCAUCAGCACCGAAGACAUGGUACACUCUGCUGUUGAUUUGACAAAGUGGAAGAACAUUAAUAAUCAAUGGCUCAUUAUAACCACUAACACUUCUAAUGGUAUCAUCUACAAUGUCCUAUGUGACAAUUGUAGAAGGCUUACAUUUUAGCAUGAGUUGCAUGGUGGUAUGUUUAAAAAAAAAAAAAAAAAAAAAAAAAAAUUGCUUACUGCUGUUAUGAAUAUCUGUAUGAAAAAAAAAAUAUAUUUUCUUUCUUCACUUUUUGAAUACGCUUCAUGUAGCCAUGAUUACAAGAUGUUCAAAGAUGUACAUUUCCUUAGCAGCAAAUUAUUCACGUUUCCAUAUUUUCAUUUGUGCUUCUAAAUACCUGUAAGCCAGCUCUGGUCAUAUUGACCUCAAAUCUCGAAUGAGAAUCAAAUCGUUGCUAAGGAGAACAAAAGAAAUGAUUUCAGCAAGCUUUCUGUGUGCUCAAUGCAAUCUUUUCAUCUUGUUUCUGUUUGGCAUGCUUGUGCUAUUGAAUCGUACUAAGAGAAAAAAAAGAAAAGAAAAGAGAGCAAAUUUAGUUGAUAUUUUUCUGUUUUAUGCUAUAAUAUUGGUGCGUAGAUCAUGUGGAGAGCUAUCGUGAGCAGCUGUUUAUUUCACAUAUUAAAGUACAGACUUUUGACAGUGUUAUUUUUGAAAAAUAAAUGACUGAAAAAAAAAAAAUGACCAAAAAUGUCAUAGUGUUAAAAGAAGGGAGUCGAGAUGUGCGUUGCACAGCUUUACUCAUAUCUUUUCUUUUAGGUACAAAAAUAAUUGCAAAUAAUAAUAAAAAAAACAAAACAAAAGACAACAACAGAUGUAUAUUUACAACAUAAGAGCACUGUAUGCAAUUUAGAACUGCGGGGAGUGAAUCAGAUGCAUGCACAAUGUUAUGCAAAAAAAAAAGAAAAAGAAGAAGUUAAAUAAAUAAAAUAAAAAAAGUCAAUAGAUAAAAGAGCACAUGAUUCCAAUUCUAGCAUGAAAUAAAUUUUGUAUGAAACCUG